CUUCAACCGGACUCUUGACAGAGCAAAGGCUGGAGUACUGGAGAGAGACAGUCAAGUUCUUCUGCUGAGGUUUUGCAGGCUACCAUGAGUUCCAGGUCAACUCAGAUUAAUCAAGGUCCUCCAAGACGAUACCGUCUACAUACAGAGAGGAAAAUACUUGAUGAUAAUGGUAAAGUCAGAAUAUGGAGGUAUGGUACAAAAGAUGCCAGUAAACAAAACAAAAUUAUUCUGCUGGUGGGAGAGACCGGUGCUGGAAAGACCACCCUCAUCAACUCUUUAGUGAACUACAUACUGGGAGUGAAGUUUGAAGAUGAAACAUGGAAUGAAAUCACAGAAGAAGAAGGAGGAGAUCAAACAGAAUCCCAAACCUCUGAAAUCACCAUGUAUGAGGUCUUUCCAGAGGACAGUGCCAUUUCUCUCACCAUCAUUGAUACUCCAGGUUACGGAGACACUAGAGGACUGGAGAAAGAUCUGGAAGUUGCUGAAAAUUUAGCAUCUUUGUUUCAGAGCAGUGAUGGAGUUCGAGAAGUUGAUGCUGUGUGUUUUGUAAUUAAAGCAUCUAAUAAUCGUCUCUCAGACAGACAACACUACAUUAUCAGCUCAGUUCUGUCAUUGUUUGGGAAAGACAUUGUGAACAACAUUGUGUUUUUAAUCACACACUCUCAUGGUCUUCCUCCGAAAAAUGUCCUCAGUGCCAUUAAUAAAGCUAAAAUCCCCUGCAGAAGAGACAGAGGUGGCCAACCUGUUCAUUUCAUAUUCAACAAUCGUCAAGCUGAUGCCCGUCACAAUGAGAAGCGCUACAUUCGUGCUCAAAGAGACGCCUGGGAAGACUGUAUGGAAGAGACAAAGCAGUUCCUUCAAUCUUUGAAAGAAAAGAACAGAUGUAGUUUAGAGCGGACUUCAAAUGUCUUGAUUCAACGCAUUCAGCUAGAAGCUUCCAUCAGCAACUUACAACUGAGAAUUCAAGAAAAAGAGUCGAAGAAGUCUGAAAAAAUUCAGAUUCAGGAGGCAAUGAGAAAAAACAAGGAUAGAAUUGAAAGAAGCACAAACUUUAGCAUUAGAUACAAAACGACUAUCAAAACAAAGGUGCCCAUUGUAAGUGCAUCAUGGAAGAACAGAAAGGCAACAACCUGCACUGUCUGUGAGGAAAACUGCCAUGAGUUUGACUGUUGGUGGGUUUCCAGUCCCAAAAAUUGUGAAGUCAUGAGAGACGGCUUCUGCACCGUGUGCACAAGGAAGUGCCACUACAGCAAACACGUCAAAGACAACAAGAAAUAUGUUAUUGACACUUCAGACGUUGUGACUAAUUAUAAGGAAUUAAAUAAAAAUUAUGAAAUCCCUCAGAUUAAGAGGUUUUCAGUUGCAAUGGAUGAUCUUGACAAAGACCUGAAGCAGAUUGAAGAUCAAAAGUUAAUGAUGGUGUUCAAAGCUUACAAAACCAUCAAGAAUCUGUCUCAGGUGGCACUAAAACCAGACUCCGCCUUCACCCUCCAGCAUCUGGACUUCUUCAUCCCCAGAGUCAGGGAGGCUGGGAAAGAAGACUGGGCUCAGGAGCUGGAGGAAAUGAGGAGACAAGCAACAGCCGAAGAAGCCAAUAAAGACACUCUGAGUUACCUGAAAGCUGGACUUAUAAAACUGUUUCUUGGUGACAAAUGAACAAAUGCAGACCAGAUUAAUCAAUGAGGAUGAAGAACAUUGUUCAAGAUGAGAUGAAAUGGAGCAGGGGCUGAUUUAUAUAAGUCAAAUUAAGAAAAUUAUUUUAAUCAUUUUAUCAAAUAUUUCAAGUGUUCAUUUUAAAGGCAAGCCACUCCAGACUAAACCACUGUUUGUAACACUUUGGGUCACUGGAUGGUAGUUUGUAACAAAAAAAAAAAAAAAAAAAAUAUGCUGCAUCUGUGCAUGUUGUUGUGUUUUUCGGGUGUUCAUUCUGGCCGAAGGCUUCUACAUCUAUCUACAUCUACAUACAUCUACAUCAUCUAUCUUCAAUUGUCUUUCAGUCUUUUUUUAAUCAACUUGCACUAUACAUUAUUUUCCGCUGAUAAUCUAAUAUUGUAUUCUCCACACCAAACUUAUUGUUGCAUACCUUAUAUAUGCAUAUAAUCCCAUCAAACUAUCUACAUCAAAUGUAUACAAUUCUAUGUGUUAUAUUUUACAUAUGUAAAAGAAAAUAGUAAUUGAAUUAUGCAUUUCAACAAUUAAACCAUGAUAUUCUCAUUCUCUCUUCUGCACAUUUCCAACUUCUGCACCCUACUAUACAUUAGUAAGUAGUAGUAGUAGUAGUAGUAAAAACUUUAUUGUCCUUGACAGGAGAUUUGUUAUGGGCAUCGCCAUGUUGCUGCAAACAUUCACUAAAACAAGCAACAAAAACAAUAGAAAAUACAACAAUUACAAAAUUUAUAGAGCUAAUUAAGAUAUACUCUUAUUAAAUGACACAGAUACAAAGGAUUUCUUAUAGCGGUUUAACCUACACUUUGGUACUCUAUUAUCUUCUACCAGAGGGAAGCAGUUUGUACUGUGGAAACAAAAAUGAGUUGGACCGUUUACAAUCCUUUCCACCUGAUUGAGGACACAGUUCUCAUAUAAAACUUGAGGAUUUAAAUAUUCAUCGUGCCCAACAAAUUUCCAUGCUGUCUUUAAGAGAUGCAUCAGUUUAGAUUUGCACUGAACAGAUAGGUUACCAAACCACACUGUGAUACCAUACCUGACAAUGCUUUCCAGAACUGCUUUAUAAAACUUCAUCAUUAGCUUUUUGUUAACUCCAAAAAGAUGCAACCUCCGUAAAAAAUACAAUCUCUGGUGUAAUCGAGAACAAACCCACUCAAUGUGUGUUUUUCAUGUGAAAGAAUUGUCGAUGUAAAUGCCCAAGUACUUAUAGGUUUCUGACUGAGUAAUAGGAUGGUCAUGUACAACCACUUGACGAUGGUCACCUAUUCACUUUGGGUCAAAUACCAUCUCUUCUGUUUUCUUACUAUUUAUUAAUUUCUGACAGAUAGAUAACACCAAUAUCAUCAUUCUCAUAAAGUAAACUUAGUAUGGCUGUGUCAUCAGAGUAUUUAAAAAUAAAAUUCUGUCAAUGCUUGCUUACAUUCAUUUGUAAAAAGUGUAAAAAGAAUAGGCGAACUGACACAGCCUUGUGUAACCCCAGUGCUACUGUACUUUUCAUCUCAACAGAUGUUUUUAACCUUUACAACCUGAGUUCUGUUUGUUAAAAACGAGAAAUACCAUUUGCAUAUGAAUGGGUUUAUAUUCAGCUGUUCCAUCUUUUCAGUGAACAAAUGUGGUUGGAUCGUAUUAAAAGCGGAACUAAAAUCAAUAAAAAGCAGUCGAGCAUAAGCUUUA